AUGUCCCAUUUGGACGUAGAAGCGUUGUUGGACGCCGCAGCUAAUGGCGCGGACAGUAGCAAGGACAAGAAGGCCACCUCCAAUGGCGACAGCCACACGAAUGGCGACCGUAGCGAACGCGGUGACCGGAGCUCCCGUCAUGACCGAGACAGGUCCCCCCGCGACUCUUCGCGCGACCGUCGACGUCGCGGCAGCCGCACGCCCAAGAGCGAGGCUGACCGAACCCCCCGAAGCGACGCAGGCAGCAGUACUCACAGAAACAGGCGUCGCAGCCGCAGCCGCGACAGAGAUUCUCGCCGCUCGCGCCGUCACAGGGGAGGAGAGGGUGACUACUACCGCGGCGCCCGAUCCCGCUCCCGCUCGCCGAACCGCUACUACAGACCUAGGGAUAGUCGCCGCGACCGCGACGAUGACAGGCGCGGCUCGCAACGCGGCCGAGACGACGACCGCCGACGUGCCCGUAGGGGUAGCAGAUCUAGGGACCCCAGCCCCCCCGCGCUGACUGAGGAUGAGCGUGAUCGUCGUACCGUGUUUGUUCAACAGCUUGCCGCUCGUCUCCGUACCCGGGAGCUCAAGGAGUUCUUUGAGAAGGCUGGUCCAGUUGCUGAGGCUCAGAUUGUCAAGGACCGCGUUAGUAACAGGUCCAAGGGAGUUGGCUACGUUGAAUUCAAGACCGAGGAAUCCGUUGCUGCUGCGCUUCAGCUCACUGGUCAAAAACUGCUAGGUAUCCCCGUCAUCGUGCAGCCGACCGAGGCCGAGAAGAAUCGUGCCGUCAAAACGGAGACCACCGGAACCCAGCAGACCUCGGUCCCCUUUCAUCGCUUGUACGUUGGCAACAUACACUUCAGCAUCACUGAGCAGGAUCUUCAGAACGUUUUCGAGCCUUUUGGUGAGCUCGAGUUUGUCCAACUUCAAAAGGACGACAGCGGCCGUAGCAGAGGCUACGGGUUUGUACAAUUCCGUGACGCUACCCAAGCUCGUGAGGCUUUAGAGAAAAUGAAUGGAUUUGAUCUAGCAGGUCGUCCCAUCCGCGUUGGCCUUGGCAACGAUAAGUUCACCCCCGAAUCUACGGCCAACCUGCUGCGGGGAUUCCAGGGUCCCAAUGGACAGCAGCAGUACCAAGGUUCCGCGUUUUCGGGAUCCGGUGGCAGAGGUGCUGCUGGCCAACCUUCCAAUUUUGACCGCGCUGGCGGGCGAGACAACGACAAGGGUAGCGGCGCCAGUGCUCUGGAUGACACUGACGUCGCUGGUGUCAACUUCAACAAUUUUAGUCGAGAUGCCCUCAUGAGAAAACUUGCCAGAACUGACGAACCCUCCACCGCGCAACCUGAGAGACAGAUUCUCAAGCCCAGGACUGAGGUCAAGCCCCUGCCUAUCAGCAAUGUUAACCAGGCCAGUCGCUGUGUGGUACUGCACAACAUGUUUGACCCUGCCGAAGAAGAAGGCGACGACUGGGUCAAGGAGCUUGAAGAAGAUGUUCGGCAGGAGGCCGAGGAGAAGUAUGGGCAUGUUGUGCACAUUUCUCUGGACCCCAACUCGCAGGGCGAUAUCUACCUAAAAUUCGACAGAGUUCAGGGAGGCGAGAACGCCAUCAAGGGUCUCAAUGGCCGCUACUUUGGCGGCCGUAUGAUUACUGCUGCGCCCGUCGUAGACGCAUUCUACAGCAGUUUGUUCUCGCGCACAAAAGCUAUCUAA